AUGUUUCAACGCAUACAGGAGCGGAACCGCAGGUUCCUGGUGAUCUUCCACAAUGGGAGCACGGAGGAGAUGGAUCUGGCCAUAUUUGGUUUCCUUCUAUCUGGAUACUCCACUAACAAGGUGCUGUGGACAUUCCAAGGGAAAUUACGGCUUAAACCCAGGAUGAAGGUGGUCAAGGCCAUUGAGACCACAGGGAAGACAGAUGUUUUCCUCUCGGUCUCCACACGCCAUGAGGAGGAAGACCCACGGAAGCUCUUGUCGUUCCUUGUGCAUCAAGAAGCUACCGAAGUAGCUGCAUCACUAGUGGAUAACAACACUGGCGGCGGACGAGGCAUCGUCGAUCAACCUUCAAAAGUCAUGGAGUACUUCUUGUACAUGUUGAAGCAAUGCUGCCUAGGAUAUCACUUCAACAUGGUGGGGGACUAUGACUACGAUAUGGCCACCCACAGUUGCAACUACUGGAUGUGCGAUGCAAUCAUAAGGCAAGAAAGGCAGGGAGAGGCCACUGAUGGUGGCGAUGCGUCAUGGCAAGCUGCUGAUGCCCUGAGGCUCGCCAUGCCAUUCAAUGUGGACUACUACCUCCAUGACCACCCAUAUCUACCACCACCCUCCCACUUGGUAAUGUGGUGCAAUGAUGAUAAUAACAGCACAGCAUCACAACCGGGGACUCCUUUUCCUUCACCACCCAACUCCUACGGGCACCUGCUAGUUCCGGCCAGUGCCAUUCCUAAUGCUGACAUGUUCCAAUAUUUUGACAACAAGCUUAGCGUGCUCAAGCUCUGUGGCCGCACCUUCAUCAGCCUUUCAUCACCACCCUUCAUCAACUGCCACAACCUUAAGUUUCUAUGGCUGCACCACUGUCAAGUGCAAGACACUGAUACAGAUACAGCAGGGGGGGAGGAGGAGGAGGCAAUGAUCCGCCGAUGCUUCCAAAACCUGUGGGUGCUCGACGUGCGUUACACGCGCUGUCACGGCAUCCUGUCUGCACGGUUGCUAGAUUUCAUGACUCAGCUAAGGGAGCUAAAUGUGAUGGGAGCACAGGAUUGGGACAUCGGCCAGCUGCAGGGCCAGCUGCCUAACAUCCGCAAGCUCCGAGUGACAAAGUCAACAGUAGGCUGCAAUAGUUGCUCGGAAAGUAACUUGUUGCUGGGAAUGAACAAGAUGGAGCUUCUUGACUUUUCGGGAAACCGUACCAAGCAAGAAGGAGGUGUAGCAGCAAACUUAUCUGGGAUAAGCACUAGCAGCAACCAGCUUGAGACUGUGAUAAUUAUUGAUGGGUGUGUUGGGAUACAAAAGUUCUCCUUCAGGGGAUGUGCUAAACUGAAGAAUCUGUUGUUGAGUGGAUUGUUUGAGGAUCUCUGUACCCUAGACUUGUCAGGCACAGCAGUCAAAACAUUGGACCUCAGUGCCAUGACAGCCCGAAGCCUGGAUGAGCUCAUUCUGGAUAACUGCGACAAGCUUUGUGCAAUCCUGUGGCCACCAGAAGGCAAACGGAGAAGUUACUUGCAUAAGCUGCACAUCAACACCACCCAAUCAGGAUCAACUUCCAGAAGCGGGGAAGGAAAAUCGAAGGAUGGUAGCACUGCUGCUACAGAAUCUUCAUCAUUAUCAUGGCCCAUGGUACUGGUGCAUGGUGCUCGUGCACCCUCUCAAUUUGAUUGGUAUAUUUCUAUAAAGGACGCAAGGCUCCUCAGGUCAUUUGUGCCAUCUCUUGAAGAAUACUUUAGAAACCAUUGGGUACACCUGGAGAUUUCCUCUCCAAGAUGUUGUCCGGCAGUCGAUGGUGGCAGUAGCGAAAGUGAAGGAAUGAAGAACCAGACUGGAGAAGAGCCACAAGUAGUGGUAUUAAACAUCCGGCAGCGGAAGCCCCAAUACAAUAAUAAUAAUAAUGGUGCAUCAAUGCAUUAUGCCGAUGUUGCUACCAUCGUAGUUGAGGAACACCUGCUUCAAGGAGGCGAAGGCAAUGGUAAUGAUGCCCCAACCAUAUCAAGGACAAGGCCUUGCCCUCCCUCUUUUCAACGUCUAGACUCCUCUGACUGUUACCUGUACACACAAGACCAGCGGAUGAAGACAGACGGUGGUGCUAUUGCUACUAUACCAAGUAUUAUAUGUGAUCGUGCUUUCAUCCUGCACGUGCAUGACAGCCUGUACAACACAACUAUCAAGUUGGACUUCAUCUUUACAGCUCCCCAGUUAUUAGGAGGUGGAAGCAAAUUGCUCAUGUGUUAUUACCUAAGAACAUUCUGGGCAUCCCAGCUCCCCAGGAAACGCUUCAUGUGGGAUACGAGCAAACUGCCCUUAAGCCAGAUUCACAGACGAUCAUUUGAGGAGCUCACACUGUUGCACCUUGACUUGUGCCCCAGGCUCAUACAUGUACUCCCCUUCUCCUCGUCAAUAAUCCGUAGGCGCUACCUGGAGACUCUUGAGAUCAUCUGGUGUGGUGAUCUCAGGGUGGUCUUCCCAUCAUUAGACACCAACAACACCAGGAGCCACCAAGAGCAGCAGCAGAAACCACCAGGAGCAAUGAUAACAAUGGUGGAUUUCCCAAAUUUGAGGCGUAUCCACCUGCACGAGCUGCCCAUGCUGGAAAGCAUUUGCGGGCUUGGGAGGAUGUACGCACCCUACCUUAAGUCUGUCAAGAUCAGGGGCUGCUGGAGCCUCAGGCACCUGCCGGCCGUCAGGAGCGACAGAAGCAGCGACAAGGUGGAGUGCGACUGCGAGAAGGAAUGGUGGGAAAGGUUAGGGUGGGACGGGUUGGGCGGCAAGCACGACCCUUGCCUUUACAAGCCGAUCCACCCGCGGUAUUACAAGAAGAAGCUGCUCAGGGGAUUUGUGCUCAUAUGA